AUGGCAAACUACAAUGAAAUGGGCAUCGAUAUGGAUCGUCGCAACGCGGAACCGCGUCCGUUGACAGAUCACGAACGCGAAAGGUUGGAGGAGUUCCUGGAUUCCAUUCAUUACUCUUCACGGUAUAACGACUCUGAGUACGAGUACAGACACGUUCAACUGCCCAAAGCAAUGCUAAAGGCCAUUCCCAAAGAGUAUCACGACAGCUCAAAGGGUACAUUGAAACUUCUAUGGGAAGAGGAAUGGCGCGGAAUGGGAAUCACCCAGAGUCUUGGGUGGGAACAUUACGAGGUGCACGAACCGGAACCUCAUAUCCUUCUCUUCAAACGCCCACUUAACUACCAGCCCCCGGCCCAGUGA